UGUUCGAGCAUUCGACUCAGGACUAUAAAGUCCAAGAGGUUAGUUCUGUGACAAUAAGCCGAAAUUGGGACGGAGACAUUGAGGUAGAUAAUAUAGUCUCAGCCUGAAUACUCUCUCACAUCUACCUGUUCUUCACCUGACCUAGUCGAGAACUACAUCUUGAGAGCAUCAAUUGCCAGCUUCAAAAUGAACCCGAUUAACACCAAGCCGUACAUUCUUCCCCCGGUCGCAACUUGGUUGAUCACUGGAUGUUCGUCGGGUAUCGGCCAAGCACUGGCAGCUCUCGUCGCAACCACGCCGAAUCAUCGCUUGAUCGCAACAGCUCGGAAUCCCGCCGACCUAGAUUACCUGCCCGAUGACGACGUCAACCUCCUCAAACUUGCCCUUGAUGUGACAUCACCAACCUCGGUGAAAGAGGCAUUCAAAGCCGCAACCGCAUACUUUGGUGAAGAUUUCCAUCUCGAUGUUUUGGUUAAUAAUGCCGGGUAUUCGCUAUCUGGCGAUACUGAAUCUGCGACCGAGGAACAAGCUCACCAGGAGAUCGAAACCCUCUUCUUCGGUACGGCUCGAAUGACUACUUGCGCCAUCGAGAACAUGCGACAGUCCGAAACUCGACGUGGCGGGAUCAUUUUUAAUAUCUCCUCUCUUGCUGGACAAUGCGCCUUUCCAGGUCACGCGUACUACCAUGCCGGGAAGUGGGCCGUCGAAGGAUGGACUGAGUCCGUAGCCAGAGAGAUGCAUCCUGAUUGGAAUAUAAACUUUUGUAUCGUAGAGCCGAGUGGUGUCCAGACCAACUUUGAGGGCCAUAGCAAGGCGCGAACUGAGCCUCAUCCAGCCUAUGCCGAGAAAGAUAUGCCGGCACGUGUUCUCGAGAGAUACGUGGAGAUGGGUAUCAAGUCGGGAACUCUUACCAAGCCGUCUGCGAUUGCAGACGCUAUCUUCGGUAUUGCGUCUAGCAAGAAACGCAUUCCCUUGCGCGUGCCCCUCGGCGAACCUGCCUGGGGCUUUAUCAAGCAGAAGCAUGAGACCUGCUUGAGAGACCUCGAAGGCGUCAAGGAUCUCAGUCUGUUGGUAUUCAAGACGUGAUGGGACUAGGAAGCAUCCACGUAUGCAAGGGUUGGAACGAGUGCAUGCCGUCCGAAUACAAUCAAGAAUUUCUGUAUUGAAGGUUGCUGUUACUUGAGCAUCCUAUGUGGUCAAGUCUGGCCAACAAAUUAUGCCGUCUCUUACCUCUACUCCAUGUUCAUUCUACUUCUUGGUCCCAAAUAGAUGGCAGAUGGUAAUCAAAUCCUCAC